AGGAACUGGUCACUCAUAAGCAAAUCCAUCCCGGGCCGCUCCGGCAAGUCUUGCAGGCUCCGAUGGUGCAACCAGCUCUCCCCACAGGUGGAGCAUCGGGCCUUCACCCCCGAAGAGGACGACACCAUAAUCAGAGCUCACGCUCGCUUCGGCAACAAGUGGGCUACCAUAGCCCGACUCCUCUCCGGCAGAACCGACAACGCCAUUAAGAACCACUGGAACUCCACCCUCAAACGCAAGUGCGCCUCCAUGGGCCCCAUCGACGACCCUCACUUCGCUCAGCCACUCAAACGCUCCGUCAGCGCCGGCGCCGCCGUACCCGUAUCAACGGGCCUCUACAUGAACCCUCCCACACCCGGAAGCCCCUCCGGAUCCGAUGUGAGCGAGUCAAGCGUCCCCGCUGCCUCCACAUCGCACGUUUUCCGACCUGUGCCUAGAGCCGGCGGUGUCGUACCGCCGGUAGAAACGACGUCGUCUUCCUAUGACCCUCCCACUUCAUUGUCCCUUUCCCUCCCCGGGGUCGACUCUAAUUCGGAAGUCUCGAAUCGUGGCAACGAACCGUCGCCUCACUCGGCGCCGCCGUUGACUGCCAUACCUCUGUUGCCAAUAAUGUCGGCUGCUGUAUCCGCGACGGUGGCGGCCGUUCCAGCGGUAACUGCCACAGCUCCAGGUGCUGCUCCGUUGGCUGCACAGCCGUUACAGCAAAUUCGCGAUCCAUCGGCUGUGGCUGCGGUGCCGAAGCAGAAUAAUGGAGCGGCUCCAUUCAACUUUAGUGCUGAGCUUUUGGCGGUGAUGCAAGAUAUGAUAAGGAAGGAAGUGAGGAGUUAUAUGGCUGGAUUAGAGCAGCAAAGUAACAAUAAUGGGAUGUGUUUUCAGGCUGCUGAUGGUGGCUUUAGGAACGCUUCCGUUAAGCGAAUUGGGAUUAGCAGGAUCGAUUCGUAAAUAUCUUGACUUGGGAAAAAUGGAGAUGCAGAUGCAGAGGGAGGGGAAAAAAAAAAGAAAGGAAAGGGAAAAUUGAACCUUCGUGUUUAUCCCCUGUUUUCUUUUAAUCUUGUUUUUUAGGCAAUAAUUUUGGUUAAUGGUUAGUUAAUGUACAGAGAGAACUUCGCAUCGAGAUGGAUGGAGAUGGAUGGAUGGAUGUGAGGGGGAGUGAGAAAUUCAUUAGCAGAGUAAAAACCUAAAGAGGUUUCAGAUGUAACCGGACGAAAAAUCUGAAAAUUCUACAACUGUUCUUUUUUUUUUUUUACCGUCUCUUGGUCCUGUACUCCAGGCCUAGUUGAAAAAACAAAAAUAGAAUAAAAUUAUUUUCAACUA